UUAGAACUCCGCGUCAGCGGAAUCUUGAGUUCUUGACAGUUUUGCUCUAAUACAUGAUGUAUUAGACAGUAUUUUAGAACAACGUAGAUGAUCAAAUGCUAUAGAGAGGGGAAGGAGGAAGGAGAGGAGGAGCAAGAUGAGCAGCAUAAGACUAUCUCCAUCACAACACUGGCAGCCCACAAGCAACAUAAGCAGUUCGAAACAACCCAGCAAAGCCCUUCGCAUUCUUCAAUUCAACCCAACCAAUAACAACAGCAGCAGCAAUCCAUCAUCAGGAAGAAAUCCACUUCCUUCCUUUUCUGUAAAUCCCUCUAAAUCCCCAAACCCAAUCCCCAAUUUUCAGAACCAACCACCAUUAGUGGUUGUGGGCUCUGCAAAUGCAGAUAUCUAUGUUGAGAUCGACAGGCUCCCAAAGGCAGGAGAGACUAUCUCUGCCAAGAAUGGUCAGACUCUUGCAGGAGGCAAAGGUGCUAAUCAGGCUGUCUGUGGUGGAAAGCUCUCUUACCCAACUUACUUUAUUGGCCAGAUUGGUGAGGAUGCUCAUGGGAAGCUGAUCGCUGAGGCCUUGGAUGGUGGUGGCGUCCAACUUGAUCAUCUCACUAUUGUAUCUGCUGCCCCAACUGGACAUGCAGUGGUGAUGCUACAGCCUGAUGGGCAGAAUUCUAUUAUCAUUGUUGGAGGUGCUAACAUGUCUUGCUGGCCCGACAAGCUCUCGGAUGAAGAUUUGCAGGCGGUGAGAAAUGCUGGGGUUGUUUUGCUUCAGAGGGAGAUUCCUGAUUCUGUCAAUAUUCAAGUUGCGAAGGCUGCGAAGGAUGCAGGUGUUCCAGUCAUUUUGGAUGUUGGGGGAAAGGAGGGACCAAUACCUGUAGAACUUCUAAAUUUUGUGGAUAUUCUGAGCCCUAAUGAAAGUGAACUGGAGCGUUUGACUGGAAUGCCAACAGAUAAUUUUGAGCAAAUCAGCCAAGCUGUAGCAAAAUGUCAGGGAAUGGGAGUCAAGCAGGUCCUGGUAAAACUUGGUGAGAAAGGAUCAGCUCUAUUUGUAGAAGGGGAAGAGCCAAUAAGACAACCAAUGAUCUCAGCUUCUAGAGUUCUGGACACAACUGGUGCUGGUGAUACCUUUACUGCUGCUUUUGCUGUGGCUUUUGUGGAGGGCAAGUCAAAAAAGGAGUGCAUGAGAUUUGCUGCUGCAGCAGCUUCUCUUUGUGUUCAAGUGAAGGGGGCGAUUCCAAGCAUGCCGAGUAGGAAAGUUGUUCUAGAGCUUCUUCAGUCUCUCUGAGUAUGCUUUUUCCAGUUGUGGGGCAAGCAUUUACUGGCCAUUCAAAUGGGAAAAAAAAAAUGACAUCUGAUCCAGAGAAAUAAAAGGUGAAAUUUAACCUUGAAGAAAUGAAUAAACGCAAAUACUUCUCCGCUUCUGGUGGUGCCCCAUACAUAUCUUCUCUCUAUCAUAGAUAUCUUCAUGUUAUAGACAAUUUUUUUUUUUUUUUUGUAAUGAAUGAUACAGAGAGAUAGGGUCGCUACUACAGGCCUUAAUUUCUUUUACAGGGCAGGCCUCAGUGCAACGGUAAGGUUGUUCCAUUAUGAGUUAGUGCUCGUGGGUUUGAAUCGGGAAA